UAUAACAAUCAGCUGUUAACAGAAGUUGAGGAAUAAAACAAAACAAAAAUAGCUAAGUAAGCACAAAUCGCCGCCAAUUCAUGUGAUUAAGGAAAAUGAAUAAAAUUUUCGGAACUACCUGGAAAGGAAUAACUCCAGCCAGCAAAUAUAUAAAAGUUACACACCUUCGCCAUUCCUCUUUACAUCGUAAUUUUUCUAAGAUAUCUACAAAACCUCUUCAUAGGCAACAUUACUUGGGCAUUAGUUUAUUAGGAGUUAUAACUGGUUUUAUUACCUAUGAUGGAAUUGUUAAUGAAUUCAUUUACUGUGGAGCUACAAUACGCUUCCUACGCUCUCUUAAGACAGCUUCUUUAAUUGCAAUGGAUUAUUAUAUGCUCCCAAAAAAUGGAAAUUGUUCUGACUAUGAUUUCCUUCUUAAACAAGUACAUUUGAAAAGCGCUAAACGUUUACUUGAGACGUGCUUAUUAAAUGGAGGUCUAUACAUUAAAAUGGGUCAAGGGGUUGCUGCUAUUAAUCAUAUAUUACCAAAAGAGUAUACGAAUACAUUGGAGAAAUUACAAGAUAAAUGUUUACCUACAACAAAAACGGAUAUACAACGUGUUUUUUAUGAAGAUUUCGGUUCGACGCCUGAAGAAAUUUACUCUGAUUUUGAUUACACUCCAAUUGCUGCAGCGAGUCUGGCACAAGUUUUCAAAGCUAAAUUAAAAACUGGUGAAGAUGUCGCAGUAAAGGUGCAAUAUGGUGACUUGCAGAAACGAUUUACCAGUGACUUGGGAACAAUUAUGUUUCUGCAGGAUGUCAUAGAAAUAUUUUUUAAAAAUUACAAUUUCGGUUGGAUAUUACGCGACUUACGGAAAAACUUAACAUUAGAACUAAAUUUUGAGAAUGAAGGCCAAAACGCUGAACGUUGCGCUAAAGAUCUGAAGAUAUUUGAAUAUGUGCAUGUUCCACAUAUUUACUGGACUUACACAAAACCGCGUAUCCUUACGAUGGAAUGGGUUAAUGGAUUCAAAGUGAACGACGUUGAACGCAUACAAUGCGAAAAUCUUGAUCUAAAAGAUGUAGACUUAAAACUUUUCAACAUGUUUGCGGAGCAAAUAUUCCACACAGGUUUUGUUCAUGCCGACCCGCAUCCGGGAAACGUAUAUGUACGAAAAAAUCCUAAAACAGGAAAAGCCGAUUUAGUUCUUCUAGAUCAUGGAUUAUACGAAUACUUACCCGAAUCAGUACGCAAGCCUCUUUGUGAGUUUUGGGAAGCAACGGUAUUAAGAGAUGAACAAAAAAUGAAAUUAGCCGCACGACAAAUAGGCAUAAAAGAUCAUAUGAAAUUUGCGGAAGUGCUUUUUCAGCAACCCAUUCGUAUACACGGUGGACGUAUUAAGACGAAAUUGAGCGAAAGUGACAUCGAAUAUAUUCAACAGGUUGCUAAGAAAAAUUUUGAGCUAAUCAUGGGCACACUUAAAGAAAUGCCCAGAAAUAUGCUUUUUGUAGUGCGAAAUUUAAAUACCAUACGGGCCAUUAGUCGACAGCAUGGUGAUGUAGUGGAUAGACCACGUACGAUGGCUCGGUAUGCACAACAUUGCAUUUACGUCAAAUACAGUUCAAUUCGAAGCUACUUAUUCUGGUUUUACAGACGUUUAAUUUUCGAAUAUAACUUGUGGGCCUCGUCAUUUCGGAUAUCGUGCUAUGAUUUAUAUAUAAAUAUUUUGUUUAAACUUAAUCGAGCACCAAGUUCCGCACGGACGCUACUAGAUGAUAUAAAAAAACAUAAUAUUUUAUGAUUUUUUUUUUUAAACGUA